AUGAACAACAUCUCGCAACAACAGAUUUUAUCCACCCCACAAACAUUAGCAAAACAAAUGAGAAGUAGUGGUCACCACAAGUCGUCGUACCCAGUUGCGACACUUCCUCCAUUCUUGUUCGCUACCACUACCUCCUCUAAUUCUUCUCACAACCACUCAGGUGUGGUUGUCCCAAGACCAUGGUCAUUCAUUGAACGAGUCAUGCUUCUAAUGAUCAUGGUCAUGGGGUGUAUUCUCGUGGUGCCACCACUCAGCCUGAGGUCAUCACCAUUUGCUACUGUAUUAUUACCAAUUCCAACAACACUCACUGCUGUUGAAGGUGCUCCAGUUGUCUACCAAUUCAUCACUGUUGCAGGCACUGGAAACUUGACUUACAAUGGGGAGGGUCUUUCUCCACUCGAAACGAAUAUUAAUUAUCCAAACUUUGUAUUUCCAAUGUUGAAAACAACGAACAUGACCAAUUCGAAUACUACUACGUUUACUACUUCAACACUUGAUAUUUACUUUACUGAUCGUUAUCGAUUGAGAAAGAUCACCCAAGUGAAUGGCACUCGUUCAGUAUUCACCAUUGCUGGAAAUUCUGUGAAUGGAUUGAGUGGAGAAGGAGCAAGUUUGAAUUCCUCUCUCAAUCAACCUUCUGGACUUUAUGUAUCUCCCAAUCAAGAUUUCAUUCUGUUCUCAGAGAAUCAUCGAAUUCGAAUGAUUGAUCUCAUUCAGGGUACCAUCUCAACCAUCGUUGGUGGUUUUAACAAUUCCAAAGGUUUCAAUGGAGAUGGUCUACUUGCCAAUGAAACUCUCAUUGACACGCCAAAAGGAAUUACCAUAUUCAAUGGUGACAUUUAUUUUGUUGAUAGUAAUAAUCAUCGUGUAAGAAAAGUGGACUCACGAACCAAUCGAGUUCAAACGGUGGCUGGAAAUGGCAUGGGAUCGUACAAUGGUGACGGAAUCAAGGCAACUCUUGCAAGUUUGAACACUCCCAUUGAAAUUGUGUUCAACUCGCUGGGAGAAAUGUUUAUUACAGAUGCUCUGAACAGUUUGAUUCGUAAGGUCGAUGUGAAAGGUAUUAUUUCAACAGUGGCUGGUAAUUAUGGAGCAUUGUUAGUUGUGGAUGGUGUUCCUGCGACACAAACUGCUUUGGGAAAUGCCAGAUCCAUUGCCUUUUCUCCCUUCUCAGAACGUCUAAUGUUUAUUGCCGAUUCUUUCAAUCAUUUGAUUCGUGUAGUGGAUAUGAAAACUGGUAUUAUUAAUACAUUGGCUGGUCAGUUUGGAUUUAGGGGAUAUAUUUCUGAUAUUAUGGAUGCAAUCUAUUCUGUAUUGGAUACUCCUCAAUCCAUGUUUGUCGAUUCCAUCAGUGGUGACAUUGUGUUUGUGGAGAGAGGAAAUGCAUUGAUUCGAAAAUUGAGUCCAUAUUGUUCCAGUACCUCUUAUUCUCUCUCGUAUGAUUUUUCAGUGUGUUACGAUUCAUGUUUUGGUGUGAAAUUGAACGAUACAAGAGUGUGCAGUGGAAGAGGACAAUGUAUUUCACAAGACACGUGUCGCUGCCAAUCGGGUUAUGCUGGACCCAAAUGUGAAUUUCCAAUCUGUUUUGGAAUUUCUGCCAAUCUGACACAACAAGUGUGUGGCAAUGGAAAUGGAACUUGCAUUCAAGUAGAUACUUGUUCCUGUAGGAGUGGAUUCAUUGGAAAGGAUUGUUCCAUUCCUGUUUGUAUUGCCAUUUUGAGCGGCUCUGACCUCUCUCAAAACAGCACUGCCAUUGUUGAAUGUGCAAAAACCAUUGUUAAAGGAAGUGAAUUGAAUGUACAAUAUUUAGAUAGCUUGAAUGAUUUGAAUUCGAGAACAAUCACUUUCAAUGGAUUCCAAAACAUUUUAGUGGAAUUCCCUUCCAACGUUUCAAGUGAUUUAUCACAAAAAGGUUUGAAUUCCAGCACCAAUCUUGUGUUAGUGAGCUCGGCCUAUCUUCAAACUCAACAACCCAUCAAUGAAACAAGUUUCAAAACUCCUCUCAUUUCCGUGUCACUAUUCGACAAGAACGGUUUGCCAAUCACCAUUUCCAAUUUAGAGAAACCUAUUCAAUUACAUUUCACAACAAACUCUACCAUGACUCCACAAUCAAAUCCCUCCACUUUCAUUUGCGUGUAUUAUCAUGAGGUGGAAAAAGUGUGGAAAACAGACGGAGUGGAAACUAUUCGAUCCUCAAGUUCCAAUCCGGUGUUGACAUGUUCCACGACACAUUUGACUUCAUUUGCAGUCAUUGAUUCCAGUUUCAAGAAAGCCACAGAGUCAAACAACAAGGCACAAACAACAGGACUCUCACCAGAGACACAACUUGCAAUUGCAUUCUCUGUGGUUGGCUCUCUGUUGGUCGUGGGAGUGAUUGCUGCACUCGUUAUGGGAGUGAUUUUGAUCUUUUAUUGCAAAAUGAGAAGGAAGAAAAAGAAUGAGGAUGAGAUCUCUCUCUAA